AUGCCAAAGCCAAAGACCAAAGAGUGUUAUGAAAAAGCGUUGGAAAUUCGAGAAAAAUCACUUGGUCCAGAACACGUUGAUGUAGCUGUGACUUUAAAAAAUCUUGGCAUUGUUUAUUAUGAUAUCAACAAAUAUGCCAAAGCCAAAGAGUGUUAUGAAAAAGCGUUGCAAAUUCAACAAAAAUCACUUGGUCCUAAACAUGUUCAUGUGGCUAAGACUUUAAGCGAUCUUGGUAGUAUGUAUCUUUGUACUAAAGAAUAUGACAAAGCAAAAGAAUCAUUUGAUAAAGCGCUAGAAAUUCAACAGAAAUCACUUGGUCUUGAAUAUGUUGAUGUAGCUACGACUUUAAACAAUCUUGGCAAUGUGUACCAUCGUACUAAAGAAUAUGACUUAGCAGAAGAAUUAUUUAAAGAAGCGUUGAAAAUUCAACAAAAAUUACUAGGUUCUGAACAUGUUGACGUAGCUAAGACCUUAAACGAUCUCGGUAAUGUGUAUGAUGAGACCAACAAAUUUACCAAUGCCAAAGAAUGUUACAAAAAAGCGUUGCAAAUUCGAAAAAAAUCACUAGGUCUUGAUCAUGUUGAUGUGGCUACGACUUUAGAUAAUAUUCGUAUGGUGCUCAAAAAGCCUGAAGACUAUACCAAAUCAAAAGAAGUUUAUGAAAAAGCCCUGGAAAUUCGAAAAAAUUUUCUAAGUCCAGAAUAUGUUGAUAUGGCUAAGAUUUCACACGAUCUUGGUAAUGUGUAUCUUUGUACUAAAGAAUAUGACAAAGCAAAAGAAUCAUUUGAAAUAGCGCUGGAAAUUCGACAAAAAUCACUUGGUCUUGAACAUGUUGAUGUGGCUGCGACUUUAAAUAAUCUUGGCAAUGUAUACCAUCGUAGUAAAGAAUAUGACAAAGCAAAAAAAUUAUUGAAAAAAGCGUUGGAAAUUCAACAAAAAUCACUAGGUCCUGACGAUAUUGAUAAAGCAAAAACUUUAAACAAUCUUGGUAAUGUGUACCAUUGUACUAAAGAAUAUGACAAAGCAAAAGAAUUUACGAACAAAUAUGCCGAAGCCAAAGAGUGUUAUGAAAAAGCGUUGGAAAUUCGAAAGAAAUCGCUUGGUCCAGAACAUGUUGAUGUGGCUGCGACUUUAAACAAUCUUGGCAAUGUGUACCAUCGUACUAAAGAGUAUGACAAUUUUGGCAAUGCGAUUCGUCCCACUAAGCUAUGUGACAAUGCAAAAGAAUUUAACGAAAAAGUGUUGGAAAUUCGACAAAAAUCUGUUGCUUCGGAUCAUGGUGUUUUUACUGAAUCUUCGAACAGUAUUGAAAUAAGGCCUGAUGAUACUGCUGAUGCUAAAUCCCCUUCAAAUUUACACGUUCAUAUGGAGAAAAUAGAAGAAAUUAAACAAAUUCUGCUAGAGUUUGCCAAAGAAAUUCCUGAUAAAUGGAAGGAUUUGGCAAGAUUGCUGAAUGUCAGCGAUGCGAAAAUAAAAGAAAUUGAACUAGAUCAUCGUAAAGUGGCCUGGCAAGGGUUUGAAAUGCUAAAGUUUUGGUGGGAUAAUCGAGAAAAGAAUCAGUUGUGGUACGAAGAACUUGCUGUUGCUUUUAGCAAGAUCGAGAAAAAAAAUUUGGCUAAAGACCUUGUUAAUAAAGGUGCAAAUGUUGCUAAAUACUGUUAA